CAAUGUAAUUAGCAUAGGAUUCCAAACCAACUUUAACAAACAAUUCUUACACUAUAUUCAAGUUUCACAAUGAUUAUCAAACAAGUAUUGCAUAAAAAUGCUUCACAUGUUAAGUUUCUAAUUCGCUUAAUUAUAAACCGUCUCAUGCAGAAGAUGAGUAGAAAGACUCUCACCCGCCUUCUCCUUGUAUGGCUGUUACUCGUAGCUUCUCUACAGUAUUUCUCCUUCCAUAUCAAAGUUCAAGCUACAGAAUCAGCUCAUUUCAAACUUGAGGCCGCACAACCGAGCUCAAGAUCACGCAAAGCAAACAUCUGGCCAUCCCGGGUUAGAAGUUCAAUCUUUCAAAAUGUAAAUGCAUUUCAUCUUAAUACAAUGUUUGAUACCAACAUUUGCAUCUAUUCAAUGACAUAAACAUAGGUCGGAGGGAGGAAGAUUCAAAAAGCUCCAUCUGGGCCCAACCCAGUUGGAAACCGCAACCCGCCAACAAAGCCAUGAAUCAAUCAGCACUUAUUCAGCAACAGCGAGUAGACAGAAGUUCAUAGUACUUUCUUAAAAGUAAUAGGUCAGAUAUAUUCAUUUAGAUUGGAAAUACUCUGAUCCCCGAGGUUUUUGUUCUUGUAGAAAACUUAAACUUAUCUGAAGAAACCUACAUCCGUGAGACUGCAACCAUUAUCCAAUGAAGAAGCUUUAUAUGCUUUUAAUCUCUAUUUUUCUAUGUUAAUUUUUCCCCUCUUUUAGACCAAUUUUUUUUUUCAGCACAAACUCAAAAUAAAACAGGAAAUCAAGACGUUCUCAAUUUAUUUUUAAUGACUUUGGUCAGUUUAGUUACUAGGCUCACUUUCCCUUAGUAGAAAGGCGCAUCUGUCACUCAUAUGACUAAUUUCAGCCAGCUAAGAUGGUUACCAUAAAAUUUGAAAGGCUGAAAUGAAAUUUGAACACUUUCAAUUAAU